AUGCACUACAUCCUCUUCAUGCGUGUGUACUAUAGGGAAACAGAAAUGUCAAUGAAAAUUAUUGCAAAAACUCGGGGAGCUUUCCAAAACUUAUUUGUUGACGACAGAAAGGCCUUCAUCAUAAAAGCUGAUAGCAAGAUAUGGCUUACUUUCCUUCUGGCUGUUUUUGCAGGAGUCCUACAUUGGUGUCACAUAACAACUCUUUUUGAAAAUGACCGUCAUUUUUCUCACCUGUCAACGCUAGAAAGAGAAAUGGCUUUUCGCACGGAAAUGGGUCUUUAUUAUUCCUACUUCAAGAUCAUUAUUGAGGCACCAUCGUUUUGGAAUGGAGUAUGGGCAAUUAUGAAUGACAGACUAACUGAAUAUCCCUUAGUGAUUAACACCUUACAAAGGUUCAAUCUUUACCCAGAGGUGGUCCUUGCCAGCUGGUACCGCAUAUAUACUGCUAUUAUGGAUUUCCUUGGUGUACCAACAAAGACAUGUUGGACUGUAAAUAGAGGAAAAGGGCUUAGUCCUGUUGAAAGCUGCGAGGGGUUGGGAGACCCUGCUUCCUUUUAUGUUGCUGUGAUUUUUCUUUUGAAUGGAUUAAUGAUGUCACUGUUCUUCAUAUACGGUACAUACCUCAGUGGGAGCCGUCUGGGAGGCCUUGUUACUGUGAUGUGUUUCUUUUUCAACCAUGGAGAGUGCACUCGCGUCAUGUGGACUCCACCUCUUCGUGAAAGUUUCUCAUACCCUUUCCUUGUGCUUCAGAUGUUACUUUUGACCUAUAUUCUCAGGAUUCCGAAUAUUAAUACAGGAAGCUUGAUUGCACUGUGUGUUUCUAAUAUCUUUUUCAUGCUUCCCUGGCAGUUUGCUCAGUUUGUUCUUCUAACACAGAUAGCUUCAUUAUUUGCUGUGUGUAUUAUGGGUUAUAUUGACUCCUGCAAAUUACAGAAGAUACUCUCUGCUCAUAUGGUAUCUCUUGUAGUGUGUUUUAUUCUGAUGUUUGGUAAUUCAAUGUUAUUGACAUCAUAUUAUGCUGCAUCUUUAGUAGUUAUCUGGGGAAUUCUUGAAUUGAGUCCAAAAGUCUUGAAGAGUGGCAGAAGAGAAGUCUAUCUAUGGGUCAUUGAAGGAUGUGCCUGGUUAUUUGGGACAGUCGCCUUGAAAUACCUAACUUCUUUAGUGUUUGGAAUAGCUGAUGAUGCUCAUAUAGGAAAUAUAUUAAAAUCUAAAUUUAUUGGCUACAAGGAUUUUGAUACAUUAAUGUAUACCUGUGCUGCAGAGUUUGACUUCAUGGAAAAAGAGACUCCAGUAAGAUACACAAAGACUCUGCUAUUACCAGUUGUUCUGGUGGUUUUGGGGGUAAUCAUCAAAAGGGCAAUUAAAUAUCUUAUGUGGGCCUUAUCUCAGGCAGGCCAAUAUGAAAGAGAGGAACGCUUUAACCAUGGUGAGCUGGUAUACCAUGCAUUGCAGCUGUUGGCAUACAGUGUCCUAGCAAUUUUAAUCAUGAGACUAAAACUGUUUUUGACACCACAUCUGUGUGUUAUGGCUUCCUUGGUGUGUUCAAAACAGUUGUUUGGAUGGCUCUUCUGUAAAAUCCAGCCCAAAACAUUGGUCUUUGCUAUUUUAGCAUUGAUGGCAAUAGAGGGAUCAGCAAACCUUCAAACUCAGUGGAACAUCAUGGGAGAAUUUAGCAAUUUGCCACAGGAGGAACUCUUAGAGUGGAUAAAAGUCAGUACCAGACAAGAUGCAGUUUUUGCAGGAGCAAUGCCUACAAUGGCAAGUGUUAAAUUGUCUACACUUCGUCCUAUUGUAAAUCAUCCUCACUAUGAAGAUGCAGGAUUAAGGGCCAGAACUAAAGUAGUGUAUUCCAUGUACAGUCGAAAACCUGCAAAAGAAGUAAAAAGAGAAUUGAUAAAGCUAGGAGUGAAUUAUUAUAUUCUGGAAGAGUCAUUGUGUGUAAGCAGAAAAAAGCCUGGUUGCAGUAUGCCUGAAAUUUGGGAUGUUGAAGAUCCUGCUAAUAGCGGCAAAAUUCCUUUAUGUACCCUUAUGAGCAAGGAUUCCAGGCCAUAUUUCAUCACAGUAUUUGAAAACAGCAAUUACAGAGUUUUGAAGAUUCCAAAGGAAUAACAUUUCAAUGCAAAGAACCAUCAGUCUUUCAACUUUUUAAACUAGUAACUACAAGAAUUCUAAAUCAGAAAGACCUUUUCUACUAGACUUAAAAUGGAAAAACGUGUAUUUUAUUUUUUACCAUUUUAAGUGAAUUCUGAUUAUAGAAAUAUCUUAAACCUAACAGUUUGGAUUUCUAUUUCAGGGUCAGUCCCUUGAGAUUUGCUAUGCAAAUGAUUAUAUGUUUGCACAUUUUAUUUAACACUGAUCCAAAAAGAGUUAAAAGUAGCUAUGGAAAGUAACUCCAUUCUCAAAACCAAUGAUAUUGUGAAAUGGGACUGUCAGAAUGUCUUAGCAAAGCAAGUUUGUUUAAAGCUUUGGUGCUAGCAGCUAGGAAAAAAGGAAUGGUGCUAUAGCAUCUGGCAUGACAUUUCUCAUGUCACUUUCAUUACCCAUCUCCCCUCUGGACAAGGUGAUACUAGCAAUUCUCUUAAAAGUCACAUAGUUUCACUAGUCAUGUCAGAGAGAGAUACGUUUUUUCUUUGAGAGGAUUAAGAACAUUUGUCAUUUUGGAUCGCUUAACACAUGCUUUUAAGCUUGCUUUUGAAAUGGAAAAGUUUGUAGACAGACUUGAAACUUCAUUAUUUAGGUGCAUGUUCUUAGAAUCUUAUUGAUAUUAAAAAAGAAGACUAAUAAGGGUAAUAUUUGCGGUGAGCAAUAGUUUAGCUUCUCAGUGUCCAAGGAUUUUUAGCAUUCUUAUUCAUUCAGAAUAAGCUGGCAUAAUAUACAUGAAAUUUUUAAGGAAAAAUGCUUUAUUCAGGAGAAAUCUGUCAUAGCCUUAGAAAGAUACUAAAAUAAAUCCUUCACUGCCUUAACUAGACCUUCAGCGCCUAACUUGGUAAGAAAUUACUUUCAAAAUUUAUGCCCUAUUUUCUUUCCCCAUGUAUUAGAUCCUGCCUGCAUUUUAUCAUCAGCAUUAAAGAAAAAUGAAAUUUAACCCAAUUGUGAU